AGCGAACAAAUAAAAGGCCACCUCUUUCUCUGAAACUUCGGCACUGCACACGAAAGAGAGCAAGAUAAACCAUGGCGCUGAGGAUGUGGGCUUCUUCGACCGCCAAUGCACUCAGAUUCUCCUCCAAGGCCUCUCUCUCCCCGCCAUUCUCUCUCCACAGAUGCUUCUCCUCUGUUUUGGACGGGCUAAAGUACGCACCUUCACACGAGUGGGUGAAGCAUGAAGGCCCAGUGGCCGCAGUUGGCAUCACUGACCAUGCUCAGGACCACCUUGGAGAAGUAGUGUUCGUGGACCUGCCUGAACCCGGCGGUUCAGUUUCCAAAGGGAGCAGCUUUGGAGCAGUGGAGAGUGUAAAAGCAACCAGUGACAUUAACUCUCCUAUCUCUGGUGAGAUCGUUGAAGUGAACACAAAGCUCACCGAAACGCCUGGCUUGGUUAACUCAAGCCCUUAUGAAGAUGGAUGGAUGAUUAAAGUGAAGCCCAGCGAUCCAUCAGAACUAGGUUCCUUGAUGGGUCCAAAAGAGUACACGAAAUUCUGCGAGGAAGAAGCUGCCGCUCAUUAGGAUUUGAAUUUGCAUCAAAUUGACGUCUCUGAAGCCGCAUAAGGACGAUAUUUCAAUUGCUUUUGUUGAAUUAAUUAAGACAGAUUAAACUUCAGAAAUGUCAAAUUUGCUGCUUUACAUUUCCUUCCUAA